CUAUAUAGGGUUUUAAAAAAAUAUAUAUAUGACCUUUCAAGAGAUUAGGUCAUAGUAUCAUUAGAUAAAACGAUUAUUAUUCCAAGAAUUUGCCACUAUAUGUUUAUAUAACUGGAUGAAGGUAAUAACAACCUAUCUAGCUGGCUGAUCAUAAACUUUGAUAUUUUAGCACACUGUUUCUUACAUCAGGGCUAUAAUACAUUUCCUUUGUGUGUUUUAACAGAAGAUUCAACAGUGAGAUGGCCUAUAUGCGAUCUACUGAUAAUGGCCAAACAACCAACUGACAGACCACAGCUUGAGGAGCAUGCUUGCAACACAGAGGAUGAAACAUUCAGACAGGUUCACAUAGGACCCAAAGUAAAGGAACAGAGGACAGAAGUUAGGGAGAGAGACAUGGUGGCAACAUAUCUCCCAGAGUACUCGACACACUGGCCUCAAGUUGGCUGCAUUCGCAGUGUACAUGAAGACAAGUCCCUACAGAUCGAGUGGUACACAGGAACCUUGACUUCUAAGUGGAAGGAGGUAAAGGUACCAGUCAAAGGACAAAAGGGCAGGAAACAGCUUUGGGUUGAGACUAUUGAUUCUAGUUCUGUGAUUCUCCCUCCUUUCUCACUGACUGCUGGAGAAAAACUUCCUCUUCAAACAGUGAAUGGUUUGAGAGAGAAGCACAGUAGCUAUUUUCAGUAGCUUUGUAGAUCCUAGCUUAAUUGGGCCAUUGUAAUUGCCUUAGCUAUCAAAUAAUUGAGCAAAAUAGUAGGCCUAUUGGUUUCAAUAAAAUUGGAGUAAUAUUUUUUGGGGGUGGGGGCUGUGAAGCACAAGUGGAGGAGCUUUUUAAUUUCACCAGAGGGUCCUUAGUACAAAUCUUAGUUGCAUGAGAUUUACAAUCUAUAUGAUUUAAACAGAUGUAAUUUUAUCUUUUUUAAUAUUACUGUAAUAUUUUGAAUUGAAAACUUACAAGCUUAUUCCGCUGCCAGACAUGGCCGGAUCAGAAAAUGUACAAGUAACGGAUGGUACUUUUGUUUAAUCCGUCAUGCGGCUGUCACACUUGAGGAACGGAUGUCGUUUUUUGGCAUCGGUUGAUAUCCGUUAAAAUGGUUUCAUGUCCUUUUUGUCUCGCCUGCGUAGCAGGAGCCAGGCAUAGGCGUCACUUUUUACACCGGCGGUGUCGGCGUCAACAAUUAUGUUGUACACCCAAUAACUUUCUAUAUCUUCGAGCUAGGAUCACCAAAUUCUUACCAGUGGUACAUUUCUUGAAGACUCAGGUCAAGUUCGAAUAUGGGUCAUGGUCGACAAAGUUCAAAGGUCAAAAGGUCAAUGAACUUAAUAUACAAAGCUGUACUUAUGCUGUACACACAAUAACUCUCCACAGCUUUGAAGUAGAAUCGUGAAAUUCAUACCAGUGGUACAUCUCUUGAAGACUCAGAUCAAGUUUGAAUAUGGGCGAUAUCCGACAAAGGUGAAAGGUCAAAAGUUGUUGUUGUUGUUUUCCAGUUUUUA